AUGGCCCCGAAGAAUCAGGGCAACGCGUAUGUGCUCGGCGUAGGCCUGACACCCUUCAUCAAACCUCGACGAACACGAGAGUAUCCCGAACUCGGGUUCGAAGCGGGCGUGAAGGCUAUGCUCGAUGCCCAAAUCAAUUAUGAUGAUGUCGAGAUGGGCGUGGCGUGCUACUGCUAUGGUGAUACCACAAGUGGUCAGCGGAUCUUCUAUCAGUUCGGCAUGAGCAGUAUCCCCAUCUACAACACUAACAAUGCUUGUGCUACUGGAAGUACCGGCCUUCACAUGGCGAGGACUCUCGUCCGAUCUGGUGCCGCAGACUGUGUCCUUGUCAUUGGGUUCGAGCAGAUGAGUCCUGGCAGUAUCAAGAGCGUCUGGAGUGAUCGACCAAGCCCGAUGGGCUUGAGUACUCAGAUGAUGGAGGCAAGCAUUGCUCUUUCGUAG